AUAUAGGGCCACUUUCAAGGUAAAUUCACUUGAGUUCAAUUUGCCUAUACGAAAAGACAAAUUAAACCAAUUAGGAAAAUGUUCGCUCGUUGUGCUUUGUUCUUCACAAUAAUCGGUUUGGCAAUUUUAAUUUCGCCAACAUUAGCCGGCGUUAGCCAUAGCAAAGGAAAAGGCAAAGUCAGUUCGGGUCAAGAAACGGAUCAAUUGGUUCAAAUCCAGCGAAAAGAUUUAAGAAAACUCCAAAAUCUUUAUACUCCGGAUGGCACGAAAAAUUAUAUUGCUUACAUGACAAUCAGCAACUAUAUUCGAUGGCUUGAACAAAAUCCCAAACUGAAUGAUGUCAAAUUUUACUCGCUGAAUGGCAAUUUCUCCGACGGAACGUUUUUGGUUACGGAUGGUUAUGCUGCAAGUGUGGACACGUUUAAUGAGUCUUACGAUCGGCUCUAUCGCUUGUUGAAGUUAGUUGACUACUCUAAAAAUUACUUUUUCAUGAGCAUCCGAACUGAAAUCAAACCGAUUUUCAAGCGUGCUCUUGAAGAAGUAAAUAUUGAAAUUACUUUGGACGAGCCGGCACUACUUUACUAUUUGCCAAAGAAUAAUGCAUUGAAAUUUAAUAUUCAAGUGCCUGAAGGAAUAGAACUGCGACAAAUUCGCGACUCUCGUGAUAUGGAAAAAGUAAUUGCGGCAUAUCCACAUCCAAGACAAAAUUUACAGAGUUACGUUGAAAAAUUGGGCAAAUAUAAUCCACAGAUUGGAGCAUUUAAAAAAGAUGAUGGCACCAUGGUUGCUUGGGAAUUUAUUUAUCCUUCGGGCUUACUGGGUGUUUUGCAAACAGACCCAUUAUAUUACGGUAAAGGCUAUGCUGCAUUAAUAACUAAAUACCUAUCGAAACAAUUGGCUGAAAUGGGUUUCGAUGUUUACACCUUAAUUGAUGAAGUAAACACACCGUCUCGGAAACUUUUUGGCAAGCUUGGUUUCAAAUCAAUUGGCGAAAUACACUGGAUAGACACCAAAGUUAUGUACAAAUGAAAAAUUAAUAACUAAAUACCUAUCGAAACAAUCAGCUGAAAACAACUGCCAUCCAAUACAAUUCAAUGGAUAUUUUCCACUGAUUAAUACAUUGCCAUGUAUUCAUCACAAUUAGAAUUUAGUCCCUAGUUUUAUUAAUAGAAGUUUUGCUUUGUCAAUGUAGAAGUAAAAAAAUGAUUCAAUAAAAUUGACUGAAAUGUA